GUUCGGAGGAGGACAGGCAAGCGUAUUUCUCUCGCAGAGAGCUUACACUACGCACGCGUGGACAAGCAACAACCAUCCAGGAGCUGUUAAACAUCCGCGCGAGCCGCUCCGAGUGGCUGCGGGAGAGGACGCUCGCGACGGCCGUGGGCGUGCGCAUCCGCAACGGCCAGUACACCGACCGCCCCGCCAUCCUCGCCUUCGUCUUCUCCAAGGUGCAUCCCAACUGGUUACCACCGGACCGCUUGUUACCAGCUCGCCUGGAGGGCGAGGGGUCGCUGUGGUGCGACCUCGACGUGCUCGAGUUCGCCUGCCUGCCCGGCCGCCAGCCAGCGCGGGACAGGGCGAGGGCGGAGGAGGAGAGCAGCGAGCUUGUGGACGACCUGCGCGGCUGCAGUGCCCUACUGGGCCCCGGCUCUCAGGUGGCAUGCGAUGACACUUUCGUCACCAUGGGCCCCAUCGUUGUCAACAGCUCAGCGCCACAUCAGCUCGGCUUUCUCACCAACAGCCAUGUGGCAGGCACGUCGCCUGAGAUGUCAGAGGGGCGCUGCCUAUACCACCCACACUGCCCAAGCCACGGCCCUGGCGUGCCUAUCGGGGAGGUUCGGCGCAUGGUGUCCUUCCGAAGCGACCUGGAGUGGUUCGGGUUCUACAUUAACCACCAGCCUGACAUCAGGGUGAGGGUGGACGGGGCGUUUGCGGCCUUCACAUCGGCCAUCCACGCGAAUCACAUCACGGCGCGCCCAAGGGGCCUGCCACGCGGCGCAGUGGGCCCGGUGAUCGAGAUCCUCCCCACAUGGCCCGUCACUGCCCUCGUCUCGCAGCAG